CGCGCCUCGCGAUUCUUCUCCUCUUCGGCCCCGCCCCGCGCCCGUCGCUUUCCCCAGCGUCCGGAGCUCGCUUCCCAUAGCUGUCUGUGUACCCGGGACCCGGCGGUGAACGAAUGGAGCAGGAGAUAGCUAUGUCCGCAGAAGGGGAGUCGGCGGAGGUGGCCAUUGCAGCGACGGCCACGGCCGGCGAAGGGGGCGAUGCCCCUCCGCAGCCCCCAAAGGCUGAAGAGCCCGCCGCUCCGCAGCCGUCGGAGGAGGCCAAGGACGAGGUUCCCCCGGAGCGGCCCCCGUUGCGUUGCCUGGUGCUCACCGGCCACGGCGGCUAUGACAAAGUGAAGCUGCAGAGCCGGCCGGCUGCCCCUCCGGCCCCCGGCCCAGGACAGCUGACCGUUCGGGUCCGAGCCUGCGGCCUCAACUUUGCUGAUCUCAUGAUUCGCCAGGGGGUGUACGACCGCAUACCCCCGGUACCUUUCACCCCCGGAAUGGAGGGUGCGGGCGUUGUGAUUGCGGUGGGAGAGGGAGUCAGCGAACGCAAGGUAGGUGACCGGGUGAUGGUGCUGGUACAGGCUGGGAUGUGGCAGGAGGAGGUGACUGUGCCAGCAGUGCAGACAUUCCCGAUGCCAGAAGCCAUGUCCUUCGAGGAGGCAGCUGCCCUGCCGGUCAAUUACAUCACCGCCUACAUGGUCCUCUUCGACUGUGGCAAUCUUCGGCCUGGCCACAGUGUUCUGGUGCACAUGGCCGCAGGAGGGGUAGGGAUGGCAGCCAUCCAGUUGUGCCAGACGGUGGAGAACGUGACCGUGUUUGGGACGGCCUCAGCCAGCAAGCAUGACGUGCUGAAGGAGAAGGGGGUCAGCCACCCCAUUGACUACCACACAUCCAACUACGUGGAAGAAGUCAAAAAGAUCUCCCCCAAAGGAGUGGACAUUGUCCUCGAUCCACUGGGUGGAGCAGAUACCUACAAAGCUUACAACCUGCUGAAACCAAUGGGGAAAGUUGUCACCUAUGGGGUGUCCAACUUGCUGACCGGCCCAAAACGGAACCUGAUGGCAAUGGCUAAAACCUGGUGGAAUCAGUUCAGUGUGUCUGCCUUGCAGCUGCUGCAGGCAAAUCGGGGCAUUUGUGGUUUCAACCUCAACUAUCUGGAGAACGAGGUGGAGCUGGUUAGCAGGGUGGUGCUGCAGCUGAUGACCCUCUACAGCCAGGGCCACAUCAAGCCCCAUAUUGACUCAGUCUGGCCCUUUGAGAAGGUGGCUGACGCCAUGAAGCAAAUCCAAGAGAAAAAGAACGUGGGCAAAGUCAUCCUGGUGCCCAAUUCAGAGAAGAAGAACUAGGGGGGAGGGUCAUGGCAGGGGAGAAAGGUUGGGGGGCAGAGAGGAGAAGGGUAAGACUUGGGGGACCUAGAAUGGAGAGGUCAGGAAGUCAUAUUCUUUUGGGUUACUACUGAUGUCUCUGCCUUCUUCCUUCUUCAGCUCUCCCAAAUACAUUGCCCUUCCAAGGGUCAGGGACGGUCUCCAUGGUGUGAUGACCUCUCUGUGAUCCUGUUUCUUCCCUCUUGGUCAGGGCUGCCUCCCCUCCCUUCCUCUUCCCUCAGAAGGUUAAGAAGUGACCACUUGGAUGUAUGGGUCCUGCUGAGUGGGCGGGGACCCACCCAGGGGCCCAGCUGCUUCUUCCCACCCCACCUCUUGUUCCCCUGGGCUUUCCGCCCUACUUGUGCCAAGUUUAGCCUCUACCCCGCUGCCACCCUCCCUGCCCUGUUGUGUAUGAGUUGGUCUCUGCUUACUCUUCUCCAGUCCUACCCCUUACUUCCCCCAAUGAAACUGAAAUGCCAGGUCAGGGUGGGGGUGAGUCUAGCAUAUGUCCCAUCUCAGCUGCACUCCAUAUUCCCACUAAGUCUGAACAGCCCCAGAGCUGACCAGUCUCUAAAGUGAUAGACGGGGUGUCCCAGAAGUCUUAGUGACAUUGUAAGCUUGCUUCAAAUGGCACUAAGACUUCUGGGACACCCUGUAUAAAAUGUAAGUAAUUAUCAGUCAUUAGCUAAGCCCAGUCAGCAUGCCUCUCCUCCUUAUUCCUGACUUUAUAAGCACAACUGGGCCUUUCCUAACACAGGGCUCUUCCACAGUCUUAACCUAGUUUUUGUCUUACACCCAAGGGAAAGGACCAGACUUGUCCUUAUCCCCGCCCCCCACCCUUAGGCUCUGAGGGGGCCUGGCAGGAGUCCCCCUGGCAUCCCCUCUUCCACUGAGUUCCUUAGAUCUGUUCUCAGUGCCUUAGCAUCUGAAAAGUUUCUUGUGCUCAUGGGGAGUAUAACCAUAUUUUUUCCCCCUACGUUCUCACCGCCAACACUCCCCAGUGCCUUGUUCUGAUGGAGCUGGGGUUUCCAGUCCCACUGCGCUGCCAAAAAUCUCCUAAGUGUGUCUGAGGGGGUGGGGAUCCAGACAGGCUAUAGUCUCUGGGGCUUGGAGAGAAAGAAACUCCCCCACUCCUGUUGCCAGUCUACCUUAUCUGUCUGUUUUUGGUUGGGGAGGAUAUUUUUUUCAGCCUUGCAGAUAACUGUGGAGUUUACCAGCCUGGGCUCCUAGAGACAAUUGUGUCCAUUUCCAAACUCUGGGACCAAAGUAAAAUUUGAAGCACAUUCCAGCUUGAGUCUUGUAAGGCCCCGACGACUUUUGCUCUCCUGAAAGCGGGAGACAGAUUUCUUAAACAUAGCCCUGGGUCUCUUGUUUACAUUGGGGAUUGGUUGGGGGGGGGGGAAGAGAACAGUGGGCAGAUAUGGGCUUCUGCCCUCGGGUCCCUGAGCUGGAGGCCAAAUGUCAGGAUUCUGAGGGUGAAGGGCAGGUAGGUCACUGCCAAAAUGACCAGUGUGGGGAAGGGGAGGUAGACAUAUCCUAUCCCUCCCUCAUCUUCUAAGCAAGGCCUAAGUGAAAUGUGAUUUUUCUGCUUGUGUGUUUGUCUCCCCCAUCUACCCAUUGCCGAAGCUGCCUUUGUGUUUGUGUCAAUAAAGCGCUGUCCCUAUA